AUGUUCGAUAAUUUUACCGCGUGGCACAUCCCGCCCCUUUUUGUGGCGACUGCCACCACCUUUGGCGGAUUGAUGCCAUUCUGGAACGCUGCUCAUGCCAUCGGAGAAUUUGGCUUGCCCAAUCGCAUCGCGAUCUCAAAGGAAGCACAGGCGGUUAUGAUCACGGCGUCGGGACGCACCUCAGCACUCGGACUCGCCCUCUUCGCCUUCUACUCCCAGGGGAAAUUCCGUGAAGUCGACACUAUCAUGAUGAUUCUAGCCUAUGUUGGCCUGGUUGACGGCUAUGUGUGCUGGCGCGAAGGGGUGCCUGGCAGAGCCAUCUUUAGGGCUACUUCGGGGCUCCUCAUUGCUGCGUGGGGCUGGUUUGGCAUGACAAGUUAA